UAAUUUGAUUUUAAGUGGGCCAACAAACGUCACCAAACACAGGGACACAAAAACCGAAUUCAUCAUCAGAUGGACACCAACUGAAGACGACCUGGGAGAUUUUUACCCAAUCUGCUUCGCUGUGGAAUCAGUGAAUGGGCGUUCUGUCUACCAGUCUGAGAUGAGGUGUGUUCUGGUGGAAAUCAGGAAGCGGCAAAUUAAAGCCACAGUGACCUGCACUGAAUCCGCAAUGAAGGUUGAGGUUGACAAAGCUUCCUUCUUUGGACUCCAGGAGAAUCAUCUUCGCCUCAGUGACUCCAGCAACACCGUCUGCAGCCUUCGCAGGCACUCCAACCACACUCACAUCGUCGCCAUCAUUCCCCUCAACCAAUGUGGGACUCAGAUCGAGGAAGACGAUGACUACCUCAUUUUCAAGAAUGAGAUCACCACUAAGGAAGACAACCCGAACGAGCUGAUCACCAGGAAGCACCUGGUGGAGGCCCGGUUCUACUGCCAGUACCCCAAACGGGGGAAUGUGACGCUGAGCUUCUCAGCACACAGAAAGAACGUCACGGUGUGGGAGAAAGGCUUCGGCACGUUCACAUACCAGUUUGAGUUCUACCAGAAUGACCGGUUUGAAGCCAAGUAUGACCCAAACUCAUACCCACUGGAGUUUGACAUCGGAAACAGGAUCUACAUGCAGCUGGACGCCAGCUCCUCUGUCAACAACACCGAGAUGUUUGUGGAGUCCUGCAGAGCUGCACCGUAUGACAACCCCAACUACCAUCCAACCUACUCCAUCAUUGAGAACGGGUGUGGGGUUGACCCGACUGUGCAGACAUAUACACCUUCCAACGAUAGACAGUUCCAGUUCAGCUUGGAGGCCUUCAGAUUUAUCGGCCUGCAUGAUCAGGUGUACAUCAGCUGCACAGUCAUGAUGUGUGAAGCAGGAAACCCCAACACCAGGUGCUCAAGGGGAUGCAGCAACUCCACAAGGUCCAGCAGCUUCAGCCGCAGAAAGAGAGAGGCUGUGGUCCAGAGCGGACAGCACUUCGUUUCCCAGGGUCCUUUGCGUCUGAAGCGUGAAGCGGACCCCAGAGGGGCCUCAGCUGUCAACCUGAACCUGAACCUGAUGUUUGUGGCUGGAUGUCUCCUUGCUGCUGUUGGGAUGGUCUGUGGCUUGAUCAUCUACAAAACCAAAACCUCCAAGGCCAAAUACCAACCUCUGCCUGCACAUGAAAACUAAAACCUCAACAUCUGCCAGGCUGCUUGGAUAAUCUGAACAUGGGAUUCUGGAUGUUUCUGAACUAUUAAUUAAAUCUUUUUAAUAUCUAAUUAUGAUUCAGGCAGCUACUCAAAAAACUUUUGAUUAUUUCUUUCCUAUUUUAAUAAAAUAUUUGCUUCUGUUAAAUUGAAACAA